AUGCUCACGACGGACGGCGCCAACAGUAUCACCGUAAGCAACUGCGACUUUGACGGCGAGACCGAGUGGUCGGCCACCAACCUCAAGGUGAGCUACCUCAACAACUACUCGGUGCAAGUCCACACUGCCAACAACUACUGGCACGACAACUCGGGCCACUCGUUCGAGGUCGACGAAGCGUACGUGCUCUCAAUCAUGUCGACGACGAACGCCAACAAGGGCAGCUGCAAGGCGGCGCUCGGUCGCGACUGCUUCGAGCCGGCCAAGAUGAAGGGCCUCGCCACAACGUUCGCGGCCAAGCCUGCUGCGCGUCUCGCCUUGUCGAGCGCCAACUUUGGUGUCGGCAACCUCUAA